AUGUUGGGCCAUGCCUACAGGAUAACUUGUGGUAAAUUAAAAGACAGACAGAGCAGUGAAGUCUUGGUGCAUAAAAAUGACCUUCAAAGUGAGGGAUUAAAGAGAACUGAGAGCCGGAGCAGAACAGCCAGUGGCCGGGAGCCCCGCUGGUCUCACCGGGGACCUCUCCCUCCAGGAGACCCAAGCGGUGAGAACUCCUUGGACAAUACUGCCAAUGACAGUCUCCCGAUGCUUCCCUUCCUAGAAGGAGGGGACACCAGGAAACAGGAUGGUGUGUUACCAGCUGUAGAAGACACCCAUGUCAUCCAAAAUGGAGACUCCGGAGUAUCUUCUAAUACAGAAAGUCUUACCUUGGAUGUACAAGACCACAUCAUACAGAUACCAGCUCCGGAUUACCCUCAACUUUGGGGCUCAGCUGUAGACAGUAGUGAUCAUGAAGAAAAGGAUUGUCUUUUCCAGAACCACGCAGAAAAUGAGCAUCUGGAUGACAUUGUCCUUCAUGGCAUGGAUCCGUCUACUAGGGAGAGGUGGGAUUCGUUGAGCGAGGGCAUGGCAACACAAGUUCUAAGUGGCUCCUUUGAAGAGGAGGACGUUGCUCAUGCUGUGCCUGUGGUUGAUGCUAAAAGUGGACAGGAGGGUGUCCAUGGCUGCAGUGGGGAUGGGAAUGGAGAGAUGGUGGAGGAGGAUGCAGCAGUGGCGGAAGCGCUUGCUGCUCUAGAAGCUGCUACUGCAGGAGAAGAUACUGAUGAGGUAUAUUAG